AUGCGGCAGAGAGCAGAGGACCUGUGGCGAAGGUUGCAGGUGGAGCAGGCGGCGCGGGCGGCGGCCCAGCAGCUGCUGUGCGAGGUGCAGGAGCAGCACAACGCCGCCGUGGGCGAGGCGGAGGCGGCGUGGCGGCAGCGCACCGCGCUGGCUGACCAGCUGCAGGCGCUGCAGGGCCGCUACGCGGGCCUGGCCGACUUUGUGUGGCACCUGGACCUGAGCCAGCUGGAGCCCGGCGGGGUGGCGGCUGCGGCCAAGGCGGCGACAGCCGCCACGCACGCCGCGAUGGCGAGCGGCGGCGGCGCCGCCGGCAGUGCAGCAGCCUCGCUGCUCCCGUUCGGCGGGCUGCGCCUGCCGCGGGCUGAGCAGCAGGCCGCGGCCGACGCGGCUGCUGCCGGUGAAGUCCAGUCCACCGGCGCGCAGCAGCUGGUGCUGGCGCUGGCUGCCUCGCAGCAGGCGGCGGCUGAGCUGGCGGCUGAGCUGGCGGGGGCGCAGCGGGAGCGUGGCGCCCUGCUGCGCCGCCUGCACAGCGCCGAGCACCGCCUGCCCUCCCACCACCACCCCGGCCCUGGGGCGCGCGCCCAGGCUGGGGCCGGCUCAACGCUGGGCGAGGGCUGCACCGAGGCGGCGGCGGUGGCCCGGGACCCGCCGCCGGCGCCGCCUGCCGGCCUGCCGCUGCCCGCCGGGGCGGCCCAGCCCAGCAUGCAGCAGCUGCUGGGGGGCCUCAGCAGCCUGGCAACCGACCUGGGUGCCGGCGCUGCUAGCGACAGCGGUCCUGCCGCUGGCAGUCUUGCUGCCGGCGGCGCCAGCGAGGGGUGGGGCCCGCCGGCAGCUACCCGGCAGCUGCUGCACUACUGCGCAGAGCUGCAGGCCCGAGUGGAUGCCCUGUGCGACCAGGCCGCCGCCUCUGCCGCCGCCGCCGCCCAGCUGCGCUCGCUGCUGGAGGCGGAGCGGCGCGGGCGGCGCGCGGCGGAGCAGGCGGCGGCGGCGUGCGGCGCGGGGCGGCGUGCGGCGUGGCAGGAGCGGCAGCACCUGAGGAAGCUUGUGGGGGAGCUGGAGGACCUGGUCCUGGCAGCCAUCAGCGAGGCAGACAGCACGCGCAACCUGCUGGCGCGGCUGUCAGCUGCCGAGGAAGGCGGCGGCGGGCGCAUGCGGCUGGGAGAGCUGUGGACGAAGCUUCUCGAGGCGGAGCAGAGAGCCACAGCUGCGCUGCGCUUCCCCAUGCCCGCUCCCGCCGCCGGCGAGGGGCCUCAGCAGGGAGGGCUGCUGGAGGCAUGGCGCCAGCUGGAAGCAGCCACACAAGCGACACCCCAGGGCGAGCGGCGGGAGCUGGGCCGCCAGCUGUCACAGCGCAGGCCCAGCAGCCUGCGAGAGCGCAUGGAGGAGCUCAGCCGGCGCUUCAGCUCCGCCGUAGGACCAGAUGCCAGCGAGGCGGCGGGCGCUGACGUGGCGCCAGCGGGCGCCCAGCUGGCGGCGGAGCCAGACGCUCUCGGCUCGCCCUUUGCCCAGCCCUCGGCGCGGCCCGCCUCCCCUCCUUGCAACGAUGAGUGGCCGGCUGCGCCGCCGAGCCCACUGCCAGUCCAGGAUGCCAUUCUGCAGCAGCAGCCGCUGGCCACCCCAUCCGUCGGCGCAGCAGCAGCGGCGGCGGCAGCUUGCAGCAGCGGCAGCCAGGCCCUGGUGGGGGAGCAGGGCGGGAGGCAGAGGCUGGAUGUGGCAGAGCGCUUCAACAGCCUGCUUUCCAGCUUCCACCUCCGCCUCAACAGCCUGGCAGGGAUUCCUACAGAGCCAGCAGACAAGCCUGGUGCGGAAGCAGCGCCAGCGGCGGCAUUACAGGAGGAGCGCGCCGAGGCGCCGGCUGGCAUCCACACGCCACAGCCAGCUGACCACCCGGCAGGGGGGUGGCUGGGCGGGCCUGAGGAGCAGGCUGGCGGCGGGGGUACAGCCGCCGUGCCUGCCGCCGUUCCCGGAGCGCUGUUCGCCUGGGAGAGCUCUGGGGCCGGCCUGACAACCCACGCGGCACAGCUCUGGGUUGCUGCAGAGCCAGUCGAGCCAGCAGUUCCCGGCGGGACCAGCACUGGCGGCACUGCCAUGCUGGAGAAGCCCGCCAGCCUCCUCCGGCCUGGCUCGGCAGCGUCUGCCGCCAUGCAGACAGACCCUGCCGUGGUGCCCGAGGGCGUGUACCUGCGGGCAGCGCCUGGCGGGGGCUGCAGCGGGGGCCUGCUUGCGCGUCUGGUCCCGCGGCCGCUGCGCGUGGCGGCAGCCUACCUGGCCGCCCUGCUCCUGCUCCCCGCCAACCGCCUGCUGCUCAACCGCUGCACCGCCGCGCUGACGGCAGCUGUGAGCAUGAUUGCGGGGCUGGCGUGGUGCCUGGCACUCUGGUCCCUCGCUCACCUGGCUGCGUUGCGGCAGCGCCGCCACGCCGGCAGGCUGGCGAGCCCGGAGCCCUAG